AUGAACUUACCAUCGCGCGUUUUCUUUUCUUUUCUACCCGUUUACCUUUUCAAACAAACAAACAGAAAAACUGCCGUUGCCGUCGCGCACGUCAAACAAGGGAAAGGUCUCUUGCGCUUGAAUGGGUCGCCCAUCGAGCUCGAGAAGACGGAAUUACUCAGAACUAAAGCUUUGGAGCCGGUGCUCUUGUUGGGCAAGGAGAAGUUUGCCAACGUUGACAUCCGCGUUCGCGUGAAGGGUGGUGGUCACGUUUCACAAAUGUACGCCGUGAGACAAGCGAUUGCGAAAGGGUUAGUGGCGUACACUCAAAAGUACGUCGAUGAGGCGACGAAGAAGGAGUUGAAAGACGCGUUGUUGCAGUUUGACAGAACGAUGUUGGUCGCCGAUCCGAGAAGAAUGGAACCGAAGAAGGCGGGUGGUCGUGGUGCGAGAGCGAGAUUCCAAAAGUCGUACCGUUAA